AUAACUGGGUAAACGGUUCGACAAAUCACAUUGGAUGAUUGUGCAACUUUGAUUAACACUAACAGCGAAAAGCGUUUGAGAUAACUUCUAGUAAUUGUGGCAAAAAUAUGAAUGACAUUGCACAUACCACGAUGGAAGAUGGCGAAUUUGAUCUUGAUGAAAGGUUUAAAAAGAUGAGCACUAAUGGAUCUUCGUUUGAAGGUGACACUAGGAUUAAUAGCAAGGCAGCCGGUUCUGCUAGUGCUGCGAAUGAAAAGAAAGUUGAAGAGGAGGCAAAAUAUGAAAAGGCUGUGGCGGAAAUUUCACACGGUUAUAAAGGUUUAUUACAAAACAUUGGCGAAGAUACAGAACGGCAGGGACUUUUAAGAACACCAGAGAGAGCUGCAAAGGCUAUGAUGUUCUUUACAAAAGGAUACAGGGAGAACAUAUCAGAUAUUCUUAAUGAUGCAAUAUUUGAUGAGGAUCAUGAUGAGAUGGUUAUCGUUAAAGAUAUUGAGAUGUUUUCACUCUGUGAGCACCAUCUUGUGCCUUUUAUAGGAAAGGUUUCUAUAGGAUAUCUACCAAAUAAAAAGGUGUUAGGUCUUAGCAAAUUAGCAAGGAUUGUUGAAAUUUACAGCCGACGAUUGCAAGUACAAGAGAGGUUAACCAAGCAGAUUGCUGUUGCUGUAACGGAAGCCAUUCAGCCUGCAGGUGUUGGGGUUGUGAUAGAGGCAACGUUAGUAUGCUUGAAACACAUGUGCAUGGUGAUGCGAGGUGUACAGAAGCUGAACAGUCGCACCGUUACCAGCACCAUGCUUGGCGUGUUCCGUGAGGACCCAAAAACACGCGAAGAGUUCCUGACCUUGAUACACAAGUCGUCAUGAAUUGGCAGGCCUGGGAGCUGUUUCUGGUUUACGCUUAUAAUUUACCAUAGGCAUUUUGUCAUGUACAAUUUUCAUUAUGUGUAAGGGUGUUUUGUAACGGUUAAGGUAGUCGCUUAGAACAAUUACUCUAAAAUGGAGAUCUGUAGGCAAGUAUUUAGAAAUUAAAGUUACUAAUGUUUCCCAUUCCAUGAUCCAUCAAAGUAAAAAUAUGUAUAAAAAAGCUACCAUCGUGUGUUAGUUCUCUUUAUGAACGUUUGGUUAAAAAAAGACAACAUUUUUGGACUUGUAAAGCCAUCAUUUCUUAAUGCUUAAUUUGUAAAUGAAUAUUCACAAAAAUAAAUAAUUAAGGUUGCAAUCAGUUUGCUACAUUUGAACAUAUUUGCUAAAUGAACUUAAAAUUUAUUAAUUUAUAACUUUAAUAAAGAAAUUAAAAAAAUACAAUAUUAGUGCAGGCAAUUAUAAUUUCGCUUUAUUUAUGUUAAAGCAUAACAGUGCUUAAUUGCAGCUUCAACUUCAAUGAAAUAACACAAUUAUAAAUAAUGUAAUAUUUAAAUAUUUGACAUAAGUUGACAAGAACUUUGAUUUUGAUGUCCUGUGCGAUUAAUGUAUUUCUAGUAACUGCGAUUGUUAAUAUAUUUUUUGUGUUAAAUCUUAGUUUUGAGACCUUUACGCAAUCAAUAUUUCAGUAAAUAAUGUAGUCACAUAAAUAUUGUGUUAUAAAUGAUAUCCGUGGGUUAUUGCAGUAAUAUAUAAUAAUGUUACUCUUGGAAUUUGUUAAGUUCUCUUACUUAAUGUUGUUAUUCUCUUUUAUAUUUAAAGAACGAGCUAUGGUUCAUGUUUUCUGUAAAAAUGCACAUUUACACUUAAAAUGUUGAUUUACGAUAGACUUAGGGUAAGUGUAACUUUAUGUGCAAAAGUAAGUAAUUUGUAAUUAAAUGAAGUUUUUAGAAACGCUACCUGAUUUACGUUAUGGACUUACUUUAAAUGAAAGUAUUGCUAAGAAACGGCUUCCUGGCCAGUUGCCAUGGAAUCCGUAUACAGACCAUGACUUGCUGCCUGGGUAUUUGGGACCACUUGAUAUGUUUACUUACAUUCUGGGUAUUUGGUAUUUGGGACCAUUUGAUAUGUUUAAUUACAUUUUUAUAUAAAUGUACACAAAAUGCAUUUGUUUUUUUAUCUGGUCAGUUAGAUUUUUAGCUCACCUGAGCACAUUCACCUGAGCACAAUGUGCUCAUAGUAGGCAUUUGUGAUAGCCUUUUGUCUGUCGUCCAGUGUGCCGCGUGCAUUGUUCCGCGUCAACAUUUCCCUUGUUAACACUCUAGAGGCCACAUUUAUUGUCCGAUCUUCAUGAAAUUUGGUCAGAAACUUCGUCUCAAUGAUAUCUUUGACAUGUUCGAAAAUGGUCAAGGUUGCUUGAAAAAAUGGCCGUCAGGGGGGGGGGGGGGGAUUUUUCCUUAAAUGGCUAUACACAUGUAUAUGGCUAUAGUAAAACCUUGUUUGCACUCUAGAGGCCACACUUAUUGUCCGAUCGUCAUGAAACUUGGUCAGAAGAUUUGUCUCAAUGAUAUCUUGAAAAAGUUUGAAAAUGGUUCUGGUUGGCUUAAAAACAUGGCGGACAGGGGGAGGGUGUUUUUCCUUAUAAGGCUAUAGUAAAACCUUGUUAACACUCUAGAGGCCACAUUUAUUGUCCGAUCAUCAUGAAACUUGGUCAGAAGGUUUGUCUCAAUGAUGUAUUGGACGAGUUUGAAAAUGGAGCAGGUUGCUUGAAAAACAUGGCCACCAAUGGGUGGGGCAUUUUCCUUAUGUGGCUAUAGUAAAACCUUGUUAACACUCUAGAUCUAGGCCACAUUUAUUGUCUGAUAUUCAUUAAACUUGGUCAGAAGAUUUGUCGCCAUCAUACCUUGGAGGAGUUUGAAAAUGGUUUUGGUUGGUUGACAACAUGGCUGCCAGGGGGCGCGGCAUUUUUCCGUACAAGGCUAAAGUAAAACCUUGUUAACAACCUAAAGGCCAAAAUUAUUAUCCGAUCUUCGUGAAACUUGGACAGAGGAUGCGUCCCAAUGACAUCAUGAAUAAGUUUGAAAAUGGUUUUGGUCUGUUGAAAAACAUGGCCACUAGGGGGCAAGCAUUUUUCCUUAUAUGGCUAUGAAUAUGGUUACAGUAAAACCUUGUUAACACUCUAUAGACCACAUUUAUUGUCCGAUCAUCAUGAAACUUGGUCAGAAGAUUUGUCCCAAUGAUAUCUUGGAAGAGUUCGAAAAUGUUUUGGUUUGCUGAAAAACAUAGAAGCCAAUGGGUGGGGUAUUUUUCCUUAUAUGGCUAUGAAAAAACUUGUUAACUCUCUAAGUCACAUUUAUUGUCCAAUCUGCAUGAAAAUUGGUCAGAACAUUUGUUGUAAUGAUAUCAUGAAUGAGUUCAAAAAUGGUUUAGGUUGCUUGAAAAACAUGGGCGCAAAUGGGGGGGGGCAUUUUUUCCAUAUAUGGCUAUAGUAUUUCUAAAAUAAAACCUUGUUAACACUUCAGAGGCCACAUUUAUUGUCUUAUCUUAAUGAAACUUUGUCAUAAGAUUUGUCCCAUUGAUAUCUUGGACGAGUUCUUAAAUGGUUCUGGUUUGUUGAAAAACAUGGCCACCAGGGGACAAGACAUUUUUCCUUGUAUGGCUAUAGCAAAAACUUGUUAACACUCUAAUUGUCACAUUUUUUGUCCAAAUUUCAUAAAACUAGGUGAGAACAUUUGUUUUAAUGAAAACUUUGAUCAGUUUGAAAAGAGUUCAGGACUGUUGAAAAACAUGGCCACCAGGCGUCGGUGAAUUUAUCCUACUACUGCUAAAGUAAAACCUUGUUAGCACUCGGGUACAUUUAUAGUUCACUCUUCAUGAAACUUGGUUAGAACAUUUGUUCUAAUAAUUUCUUGGGGCUGCAAUGAGCAGGUCAGUUCCUUUGUAUCUCUGGUGAGCGACUUUGGGCCUUUCAGGCCCUCUUGUUUUACUUAUAAGAUAAAUCAUUGGUCGUAUUUACAUAAUAUUCAUACAUUAAAAAUGAAUUGCUUUACAUAAGGUUGAUUUUAAGACCUGUUCUCUUGCUUUGAUUUCAGACCAGAAUUAUUAUUAAACACUAAUAAAUAAACUAAUUUAAAUGUUUUAA